CAGACACCAAGAGCUGUCAGCUGUGUCCUGAGGUGUUAAUCCGACAUAAAAGCAACAAGUCUGAACAGGUGGUUGCAUCGCCAAGUCGAAAUUCAUGGAUUUUAUUGACCUUGGCUUUGGGAUUUGGGAGAUUGUCACGUCAGUUUGUGGCGCCAUAGUUAAAGCAGUUCCAACACAUCGCCAGUGCGACAUUGAGAUAACAAAUGAAUCUCUUCAGUACACUCUUUGUAACCCCAGGAUGUACAUUAAGCAUGGACGCUGCAGGAAGCCUUUGCCUCCCACCAUCAGUCAGUCCUCAUCUGGGGAGGUGGAAUUCACCAAAACUCCGAACACAGCAUGUGGAUCUGCUGGCAUCGUCACGUACGAACUCCUCCAAACUUCUACAAAAGACACCACUGAGCAGAUAGCUGUCCUGUUCAAGGUGCCAUUUGACCUAAACUUAAAGUCAAACGAGUUCGCAGUGGGAGUCUUUGACAUCGGCAGAAACUGUAAUCAUGGUCUUUUUCAGGAUAUGUCAAAAAAUAAGGGCAAAGCGUUUGUCAGGACCAAAGCAAAGGGCAGCGUUCUCACCCACAAAGACCAAAAUAUCACCGUGAUGGCUACAAUGUCCGACUGCCACUCACCUGUCAUUAAGGUGCAAGUGAUGGACGCCUGAGAAACACUUUUAACAAAUUAUAUUAUUUCCUGCUUGAAUUUUUAAUUUGCAAAUCAUGGAGUGAGAUAUUUAUUCACAAAUUUAUGUUGUCUGUUGUGAAAUAUUUUCAGGGGUAGAACAGAGGUGUCUGGCAUUAGCCUGACGUUGUCAGACUCACAAUUCUAGUCAGAAUGUGAGUCUGAGACCGUUCCAUUGGGCUGUGAUUAUGGGGCGUGUUUCAACUGACCAGGAAGUAAAAUUCUUCUUGGCUCAAUUGGAUAGACCUACAACCAAUCAGAGCAACGUAGUAUGUGACGUAUGCUAAGCAACGCAUUGUGAGUUAUUUACUAAACGCCGGGUUCACACCGGACGCUUCAGCGCAGCGCCAAGCCUUAAAUAACAGCUGGCUCCCAUCCACUCCCAUGUUAAAACUUUGUGCCGGUC